AGGAGCCCAGCUGGUUUCACCCAGUGGAUCCCGCACCCGGGCCGCAGGUGGAGCUGCCUGCCAGUUCCGCGCCAUGCGUUCGCACUCCUCAGCCCUUGGGUGGUCGAUGGAACUGGGCGCCGUGGAGCAGGGGGUGGCGCUCGUCGUGGAGGCUAGGGCUGCGCAGGAGCCCACGGAGGCGGGGGAAGGCUCAGGCAUGGCGGGCUGCAGUCCCGAGGCCUGCCCCGCAAGAAGGCAGCUAAGGCCUGGCGAGAAAUUCAGCGCAGCACUGGUGGGCUAGCACUGCUGGGGGACCCAUUACACCCUCUGCAGUCGCUGGCCCGGGUGCUAAGCCCCUCAUUGCCUGGGGCCAGCAGGGCCGGCCGGCUGCUCCCAGUGCGGGCCCGCCAAGCCCACGCCCACCCUGAACUCCAGCUGGCCCGCAAGCGCCACAGGCAGCCCCGGUUCCCGCUUCCCGCUCCCCACUCGCUCCUCUCCCUCCACAACUCCCUGCAAGCUGAGGGAGUGGGCUCCGGCCUUGGCCAGCCCAGAAAGGGGCUCCCACCAUGCAGCGGUGGGCUGAAGGGCUCCUCAAGUGCUGCCAAAGUAAGAGCCCAGGCAGAGGAGGCGCCGAGAGUGAGCGAGGGCUGUGAGGACUGCUAGCAUGCUGUCACCUCUCAUUAGGAUGAAACUGGUUCCAGAUGUGAGAGUUUUAUUCCAAUAUGGCUUCCAGGAUCCCAGAGGACUCGACUUGUAGAGAGCAUCACUGGAGUCAAAGGGGCCAAGGUCCAGGGGCCAAGAACACACCUUGGUGCCAGAAGAAGUUCAUAAGUCUUGAAAUGCAGCAUCUCCUGAGGCUGUACAGGAAGCAUGAUGCUGGCAACUGCUCAGCUUCUGGGGAGGCACCAGGAAAACUUACAAUCAUGGCAGAAGCCAAUGGAGGAGCAGGCUCAUCUCAUGGCCAGAGCAGGAGCAAGAGCGUGAGGCUAGCCCAGGCUCAUUCCUAUGGUGGAGGAUUCACAAGAAUAACCAGAGGGAAAAACUUCAAUACAGAAGCCCUCUGUGGAGGUCUGCUUGUGUCACAUUUGCCAUGUGCUAUUUGUCAAAACAAGUCACCCGAGGAAUCGUCUCUCAGAGCCACUCGACUCACGCUUGUCUCGUCUGAAACAUCAUUGGUAGGUGGAAUGGAAAGACUGCAAAUUUCAGAGUCAUCUGGGCUUCAACUUCCAGCUCACCCACACCCUGACCCUAUGACCCUGGUUAUGUUAACAUUUCCAAGCCUCAUUUUCUUUACCUUUCAAAAACUGGGGAUAAACCUUCUAAUUCUGCAGCAUAAUGUCAAGAAUCCAUGACAUCAAGCAUGCAAAAGUGAUUGUGCUGUACUUUGCACAUGGUAGGUGUACAAUAAGCAUUACUUCUCCUAAAUGUCUGUAACUGCAUAUAUUAAAGACAUUAGAUAUUACUU